GAUCUGUAAAUGUUUUGAUAUACAGAGCAAACCCACAGCCGUACUGGAAAACUGAAAAGUAAAUAUCUCAGGCCUGUUUUCUAGCUUUUGAAAGAUAAAUUUUAUAAUUUUACCAAAUCAGGUUGAUGACACAUUUAAGGAUCAUGUGAUGAGGCCGAUCUAUUGCUGCAGUGUUUUGCUGUUGCUUGCCCUCAUUCCCACAGCCUGUCAAGGGGGCAACAUCCUGGUCCUUCCUACUGAAGGCAGCCACUGGAUAAACAUGGAUAUCUUACUUCAUGCUUUGCACUCAAGAGGACACAAUAUAACUAUUCUGCGUUCCAGCAAAAGCUGGUACAUCAAGGAUAAAUCUUCUUAUUACGAUACCUUUACAGUUGAAGUGGAGAGGAGCUUAGAUCAGAAGUUCAUAACAGAAAUCAUAUCUAAGGUAAUUGAAUUUGAAAACUUUCUCCAUGUGACUAUAGGAAUGUUCAGCACAUUUGUUGAAGCACACACAAGCAUAGGUGAAUUUGUGUCAGCGAUGCUAGGUGAUCAAGAGUUGAUGAGGAACUUGAAGCACAGCAAGUUUGACCUGGUGCUCACCGACCCCUGCUGGGGUGGUGGAGUGAUUUUGGCCAAAUAUUUGAAUCUCCCUUUGGUUUACAAUGUUCGCUGGCUACUUGGUGGAGAGGGUCAUCUUGCUAUUGCUCCUUCACCUUUAUCAUAUAUUCCUAUGACAGGAUCUGGCUACACUAAUAAGAUGACCUUUUUUCAGAGAGUUAUAAACAUGGUUUUGAGUCUAGCAAAUGAUGUACAAAAUCACCUGCUGGUUAAGCAAAUAUACCAGAAAAUAUGUGACAAAUAUCUUGGGCCCGAUAAUGACUAUAACAAGCUAGUGCUUGAUGCAGACCUUUGGCUCAUGAGAGUGGACUUUGUGUUUGAGUUCCCUCGUCCCACCAUGCCUAAUGUAAUCUAUAUGGGAGGGUUUCAGUGUAAACCUGCCAAACCUCUCCCUGAACACCUGGAGGAUUUUGUGCAGAGUUCUGGAGAGCAUGGAGUCAUCAUCAUGUCUCUGGGGACUUUUGUGAGUGAACUUCCUGCUGAUAUAACAAACGAGGUCGCUGCUACUUUUGCUCAAUUACCUCAGAAAGUGAUCUGGAGGCAUAAAGGGGACAGACCCACAACUCUGGGCAACAACACUUUAAUAGUCGACUGGAUGCCACAGAAUGAUCUUUUAGGACACCCUAAGAUAAAACUAUUUGUGGCUCAUGGAGGAACAAAUGGCGUGCAAGAGGCUAUUUAUCACGGAGUCCCAGUUGUGGGUCUGCCUGUGUUUUUCGACCAAUACGACAACCUGCUGCGUCUGAAACAGAGAGGAGCAGCUCAGAUUCUUACAUUAGCCACAGUGGACAAAAACAACAACUUCCUGAAGGCCAUACAGGAAGUCCUGAAUGAGCCCUCCUACAGAUUCAACAUGCAGAGACUCUCCACACUGCACCGAGAUCAGCCAAUAAAGCCCCUGGAUAACGCCCUCUUCUGGAUAGAGUUUGUCAUGAGACACAAAGGUGCAGCCCACCUGAAAGCAGUGUCUUACAGACUGCCCUGGUAUAUCUACCACUCUGUGGAUGUCUUUUUGUUCCUGGCUGGAGCUGUGCUGCUUGUACUUUUAAUCCUUUUCAUUUUCAUCAGGUGUUUUUACACUACAGUGUGUAUACAUAAAGUCAAACAUGACUAAUCCUUCAACAGAUAUACAUUUUGUACAUUAAACUUACAGAAAUUUAUACAACAUCAGUAUGAAAAUAGAUUUUGAUUUAGCAUUUUUACAUUUUGUUCUUAAGCAAUGGCAUUAAUUUUAUGUACUGUAUUUUAACAACUGUAUUUGUAUAAACUUAAUACAUUUUUCAAAACCAACACUGUACAAAUAAACAAAUGUAAAUUGA